AAAUGAUGUCAAUGUGAGCACAAAUAUUGUGUUUUUAGGUGGCUAUGUAAGAAUUUGCCUAUAAAAUGUUCAUCGUUCAUCAUCAUCGUUAAAUCACCAUCGUGUGUAUCCACCAUCAUUACCCAACUUCAUCAUUCAAAUCCAAACCCUAAACCCCCAAAUCGUUCGUGUCUCGUGUCUCUCUGCAUUAUCAAUUGUUUGCAAUUCGCGAAACCCUCUUUGGUUUUUCCAUUCAAUCGCUUUCCAAUUUCUUUCAAACAUGGAUGCCCAAGCCAAGAAAAAAGCAUUGUUCCGUGCCAAAUUGAAUGCCCAGAAGAAGGAAAAACGCAUAGAAUCUCCACUUGUUAGGUAUAAUGAAUUUGAUCAGCCUGUUUGCCGGGUUUGUGAAGUUGUUCUGAAGUCGGAGUCCCUAUGGGAUGCACACCAAGUUUCUCGUAAGCAUCGUGAGGCAAUAAGUAAUCUUAAAGCUAAUGCGGCUGGGUUAACUAAGCAAAACAACGCAAAGCCUGAUAUUCCCAAGGCUAAACCUGAACAGUCUUCAAGCUCACAGUUCAAAAUUCCCCAAAGUCCACAAGAAGUACCUAAACCUCAGUCAUCAUCAGUUCUUCCGCCAGAUUUUUUUGACAACAAUGAUGCACAAAAGACAAGAUAUGAAAAGGACUCGGACUCAGAUUUAGGUGGAAACGUGGGGCCUUCUGCUCAAAGUUUGGUGUCAAACUCGAAGGAGAAAGACCAUUUCAAUGGAAAUAAUACUACACAGUCUAAGGUUAAUCAAGCAACAGUGGAGGCUAAGAAGACAUCAGUCAAGACUAUAGAUGCAGAGACCAAACAAGGAAAAGGAGCUCUGCCUGAAGGGUUUUUUGAUAAUAAAGAGGCUGAUUUGCGGGCACGUGGCAUUAAGCUAGUUAAGCCAGAUGUCAAAGAUGAGUACAAGGAAUUUGAGAAGCUGAUUCAAGAGGACUUGCGAGAGGUGGAUGAUCGGUUGGAAGAAGAAGAGAUUGAUGCUGCAGAAAUGAUUGAAGAAGCUGAAUCUGCUGAGCAAAAAAACUUAAAGGAGAAAGUGGAAAUGUUGAAGAGGAAGAGAUUGGAGCUAAAGGCUUCUAAAUCUGCAAAGCUAAGUAAAUCUUCUGAUGUUGUAACCAAAGAGUCUAGACAUGAAGAUUCAUCCAGUGAUGAUGAAAGUGGUGAGAAUUUUGCUGUGGACUGGAGAGCACAACACUUGUGAAUGACUGAAUGCUUGCAAAAAUUUUGUUGGUUGUUGAAUUCCCAUCAUGGAAUAUAAUUUGUACAUUCUAUAAAAGAUGUUGACUACAAUUGAAAGUGUAUUAUUAUGAAUUCUCA